AUGAAAGUCAUCACUGACAAAGAUGUUUUAAAUUUUUUAAACCAACAGCUAUCUCAACUGUCACUCCUUAGUCAAUUUCAGCCAACUUUGAUCAGUGGAUUAAAAACAUAUUCAUCAAAUCCUAACGAAAUUGUUCCACCAAGAACUUCUAAGGUAUCAAAAAACCCAAAUUCAGAUACAACGCACAUAUUCAUGCCAUGUGUUUCACCAAAUGAAGUAGGAAUAAAAGUAAUUAGUGGAGGUUCAGGCAACAACAAAAAGGGGUUGGGGUUUUUAGGUUGUGUGCUUAUAUUGGAUGAGAUUACCGGUGAGUUACAAGCUGUUUUAAAUGCUAAUACAUUGACUGCGUUUAGAACCGCUUUGGCCUCUACGUUGGGUCUAACAAAAGUUAUCAAUGUGAAUGAUGAAAACAUUUUACCUGAAAUAUCAGUUUUUGGAGUUGGACUACAAGCAUAUUGGCAUGUUAAACUAGCAUUAGUUUUAUAUGAAGGUUUCAUUAAAACGGUCAACAUAUUGAAUAGAACAUUAUCAAAUGCUGAAAAGCUUAGAGAUCAAUUUACCAAAGAGUUUAAAAAUAUAAAAUUCAAUGCAUUCCUGUAUCAAGAAAAUGAAGAGUCUUUUAUUGAACAUUUACGAAAUAGCUCAAUAAUUUUUGGUUGUACUCCAUCAACUUCACCAAUCAUAAAAAAAGAUUAUUUGAAUCAAGAUCCUAAACACCCUGUAUUUAUUUCAUUAAUUGGUUCAUACAAACCAAAUAUGAUAGAGUUAGACCUAAAGCUUUUAAAAGAUUUGAAAUCUAAAGGUAUUAAAAUAAUUGUGGAUUCGAAAGAGCAUACUUUACACGAGGCUGGUGAGUUGAUACAAUCAGGAUAUCAAGAAGAACUACUAAUCGAACUUCAUGAAUUAUAUGGAGAUGAAAGCAAACAAAUAGUGGGAGAAGUAACAGAUAAAUCCUCAAAUAUCACUAUUCAAAAAAUUGUUGGUUUAUCCAUAAUGGACCUAUCGAUCGGUAAAUUAGUAUAUGAAAAUAUUGGAGAUGAAGCAGUGAUUGUAAAUGAUUUCUAA